UGCGUCUGGAUGGGAUGCCCUUCCGACGAUUGGUGUGGACCCAAUGGGCUGAAUGGCCUGCUUCCACACUUUAGAGUUUCUAUGGUUUCCUGUCCUUGGCAACACUGUGAUGCUGCGCUCCCCCCAUGUUCCUCAUGUGUUCUCUGUGUGCUUCCCUGGGAGUUUCCUGUGAUUUCCCAAUGUAUUCCCGUGUCAUCCCCAUGUAUCCUCCUGCGUUGCCCUUGUGCUCUCCCCUUGUUCCCCACGUGUUCUCUGUAUGUUCCCCACGUGUUCUCUGUAUGUCCCCGUGUGUUCUCCAUGUGUUCCCUGAGUGUUCCCCACAUGUUCUCCGUAUGUCCCCCACGUGUUCCCCAAGUUUACCCUGCAUGUUCUCCGUAUGUGCCCUGCGUCUUUCCCGUGUGUACCCUGCGUGUUCUCUGUAUGCCCCCUGCGUGUUCCCCGUGUGUACCCUGCAUGUUCUUUUUAUGGCCCCUGUGUGUUCCCCAUGUGUACCCUGCAUGUUCUCUCUAUGCCCACCGCGUAUUCCCCAUGUGUACCCUGCAUGUUCUCUGUAUGGCCACCGCGUGGUCCUCGGGUGAACCCUGCGUGUUCUCUGUAUGCCCACCGCGUGUUCCCAGUGUGUACCAUGCGUGCUCUCCGUGUGCCCACCGCAUGUUCCCGGUGUGUACCAUGCGUGUUCUCUGUAUGCCCCCUGCGUGGUCCCCAUGUGUACCCUGCAUGUUCUCUCUAUGCCCCCUGCGUGUUCCCCGUGUGUACCCAGUGUGUUCUCUCUAUGCCCCCUGCGUGUUCCCUGAGUGUACCCUGCAUGUUCUCUCUAUGCCCCCUGCGUGUUCCCUGUGUGUACCCUGCGUGUUCUCUGUAUGCCCACCGUGUGUACCCUCCAUGUUCUCUGUAUGCCCCCUGCGUAUUCCCCAUAUAUGCCAUGCGUGUUCUCUGUAUGCCCACUGCGCGUUCCCCGUGUGUAACCUGUGUGUUCUUUCUAUGCCCCCCUGCGUGUUCCCGGUGUGUACCCUGUGUGUUCUCUGUAUGCCCCCUGCAUGUUCCCCAUGUGUACCCUGUGUGUUCUCUGUAUGCCCCCUGCAUGCUCCCCAUGUGUACCCUUGUUCUCUGUAUGCCCCCUGCGUGUUCCCCGUGUGUUCCCUGCAUGUUCUCUGUAUGCCCUCUGCGUGUUCCCCGUGUGUACCCCAUGUUCUCUGUAUGCCCCCUGCGUGUUCCCCGUGUGUACCCCAUGUUCUCUGUAUGCCCCCUGCGUGUUCCCCGUGUGUUCCCUGCAUGUGCUCUGUAUGCCCUCUGCGUGUUCCCUGUGUGUACCCUGUGUAUUCUCUCUGUGCCCCCUGCGUGUUCACCGUGUGUACCCUGUGUAUCCUCUGUAUGCCCCCUGCAUGUUCCCCGAGUGUACCCUGUGUGUUCUCUGUAUGCCCCCUGCGUGUUCCACAUGUGUACCCUGUGUGUUCUCUGUAUGCCCCCUGCGUGUUCCACAUUUGUACCCUGUGUGUUCUCUGUAUGCCCCCUGCGUGUUCCCCAUGUGUACCCUGCGUGUUCUCUCUAUGUCCCCUGCGUGUUCCCCGAGUGUACCCUGUGUGUUCUCUGUAUGCCCCCUGCGUGUUCCCCAUGUGUACCCUGCGUGUUCUCUCUAUGUCCCCUGCGUGUUCCCCGUGUGUACCCUGGGUGUUCUCUGUAUGCCCCCUGCGUGUUCCCCAUGUGUACUCUGCGUGUUCGCUCUAUGCCCCCUGCGUAUUCCCCGAGUGUAUCCUAUGUGUUCUCUCUAUGCCCACUGCGUGUUCCCCGUGUGUACCCUGUGUGUUCUCUGUAUGCCCACUGCGUGUUCCCCGUGUGUACCCUGUGUGUUCUCUCUAUGUCCCCUGCGUGUUCCCCGUGUGUACCCUGUGUGUUCUCUCUAUGCCCCCUGCGUGUUCCCCGUGUGUACCCUGCGUGUUCUCUGUAUUCCCCCCUGCGUGUUCCCCGUGCGUACCCUGUGUGUUCUCUCUAUGCCUCCUGCGGGUUCCCCGUGUGUACCCUGUGUGUUCUCUCUAUGACUCCUGCGUGUUCCCCAUGUGUACCCUGUGUGUUCUCUGUAUGUCCCCUGCGUGUACCCAUGUGUACCCUGUGUGUUCUCUCUAUGCCCCCUGCGUGUUCCCCGUGUGUACCCUGUGUGUUCUCUCUAUGCCCCCUGCGUGUUCCCUGAGUGUACCCUGCAUGUUCUCUGUAUGCCCCCUGUGUGGUCCUCGGGUGCACCCUGCAUGUUCUCUGUAUGCCCACCGCGUGUUCCCAGUGUGUACCAUGCGUGUUCUCCGUGUGCCCACCGCAUGUUCCCGGUGUGUACCAUGCGUAUUCUCUGUAUGCCCCCUGCGUGUUCCCCAUGUGUACCCUGUGUGUUCUCUGUAUGCCCCCUGCGUGUUCCCCAUGUGUACCCUGCGUGUUCUCUGUAUGCCCACUGCGUGUUCCCCGUGUGUACCCUGUGUGUUCUCUCUAUGCCCACUGCGUGUUUCCCGUGUGUACCCUGUGUGUUCUCUGUAUGCCCCCUGCGUGUUCCCCGUGUAUACCCUGUGUGUUCUCUGUAUGCCCCCUGCGUGUUCCCCGAGUGUACCCUGUGUGUUCUCUCUAUGCCCCCUGCGUGUUUCCUGAG